ACAUGCAGUGGAGACUUUAUCUCAUCCUCGCAGCUUCGGCCUGUGGGUUUGUGAGUGGAGCACCGUAUCAAGACAAUGUAACAUACGAACCAACGUGGGACAGCCUCGACUCUCGACCCUUGCCACAGUGGUACGACGAUGCGAAACUCGGUAUAUUCAUUCACUGGGGGGUAUACGCCGUUCCUAGUUUCGGAUCUGAAUGGUUCUGGAGCAACUGGAAAGGUUCAAACAAUCAAGAGUACAUUGAUUUUAUGGAAAAGAAUUAUAAGCCUGGCUUCACCUACCAAGACUUCGCCAGCGAUUUCACUGCAGAAUUUUAUGAUCCAGAAGAAUGGGCAGAACUGUUCCAGAGCUCUGGUGCAAAGUAUGUUGUGCUUACUAGCAAGCAUCAUGAAGGUUAUACAAUGUGGCCAUCAAAAUACUCAUUCAGCUGGAAUUCUGUGGAUGUAGGCCCCCAGAGAGAUCUACUAGGAGAUCUUGCUGCUGCACUUCGUGAGAAAACUGAUUUAAGAUUUGGUGUUUAUCAUUCACUCUAUGAAUGGUUCAACCCAAUCUACAUAUCGGACAAGGCAAAUAAUUACACUACUCAGGAAUUUGUCAAUACAAAGACAAUGCCAGAACUCUAUGAACUGGUGAACACAUAUCAGCCUGAAAUUGUAUGGUCUGAUGGAGAGUGGGAAGCAUCAGAUGAAUAUUGGACAUCAAAGGAAUUUAUUGCCUGGUUGUUCAAUGAAAGUCCCGUAAGAGAAACUGUGGUCACAAAUGAUCGUUGGGGUACAGGCACUUUAUGUACUCAUGGAUCUUUCUAUACAUGUACAGAUCGCUACAAUCCAGGUGUUCUUCAGCCGCAUAAAUGGGAGAACUGUUUAACUAUUGAUAAAGUAUCAUGGGGAUACAGAAGAAAUGCUAAGUUAGAAGAUUACAUGACAACUCAUGAACUGAUUGAGCAGUUGGUUUCAACAGUCAGUUGUAAUGGCAACAUGCUAAUGAAUGUUGGACCAACAAAGGAUGGUUUAAUAAUGCCAAUUUAUGCUGAGCGCUUAAGGGAUAUGGGAACAUGGCUUCAAAUAAAUGGUGAAGCUAUCUAUGCUUCCCAGCCGUGGACAGCACAAGAAGACCCUACAACAACAGGAGUAUGGUACACAAAAAGUGGAAAUAACUCUUCAGAAGUAUUUGUCUAUGCAACAUUGCUGAACUGGCCUACAGACAAUGUCAUCACUCUUGGUGCACCAUCGCUAUCAGAGAACUCAGUUAUUACUAUGCUUGGAGUCGAUGGCACUCUUGAGUGGCAGACUCUGGAAAAUGGAAUUGCAAUAACUCUUCCAGACAAGCAGCGUGUGGCAAAUGACUGGGCCUGGGUAUUGAGAUUUACAAAUGUUCAAAAUUGACAGAUGGAACAAGUCAUUGCAUAUUAAUUUGGAGCUUGAAAAGAAACAGUGUAACUGCAGAUAUAUGAAAUAUCUAUACUUAAAUAUCAGUAAUUGUAUUAUUGGCUAAUGAUCAGAGAAGUGCAUUGUUCUACUUGAGAGUGAGCCAUCAAAACUGUGUGAAAGUUAUGUAAACACCACAUUUUUAGAGUAAUAAAAACACUGUGCAUUUUUUCUCCUCUGAA